AUGGCAUUCUCGUCUCCUUCGCUCCGACUUCUUCCUCAAUUCCCUUCCCUUGUGACAACCCCAAAACGACACCGCUUCAGUACUGCUAAACCCUCACUUUGCUCCUUUAACCAUGAAUCUUUCACAGCCACAACUCCGGCAUCCUCCUUCAUCGCCGGCGCAGUCUCCGGAAAGUCUAGUACCGGGACCAAAUCGAAAUCGAAACCCAAACCGAAACCUCCUCCUCCGCCUCCAGUUACUAUUACGGCUGAAAAGGAAGACAAUUUUGAAGUAGGAAGCAAAGAGUCAGAACCAGUCAACAUUGCUGAAGAUGUCACUCAAUUGAUUGGAAGCACACCAAUGGUGUAUCUGAACAGAGUCACCAACGGAUGUGUGGCUGACAUUGCUGCAAAGCUCGAAUCAAUGGAGCCCUGUAGAAGCGUCAAAGACAGGAUCGGUUUGAGCAUGAUCAACGAAGCAGAAGACAGCGGAGCUAUAAGUCCAAGAAAGAGUGUGUUAGUAGAACCAACAACCGGAAACACUGGUCUCGGGAUUGCUUUUGUGGCUGCAGCGAAAGGCUACAAACUGAUAGUGACAAUGCCAGCUUCUAUAAACGUUGAAAGGAGGAUGCUUUUACGUGCGUUAGGAGCAGAGAUUGUGCUAACGAGUCCGGAGAAAGGUCUCAAAGGUGCAGUUGAUAAAGCCAAGGAGAUUGUUCUCAGAACUAAAAACGCAUACAUGUUUCAGCAAUUCGACAAUGCGGCUAAUACAAAGAUCCACUUUGAAACUACAGGACCAGAGAUAUGGGAAGAUACAAUGGGUAAUGUUGAUAUCUUUGUUGCUGGGAUUGGAACUGGUGGUACUGUGACUGGUACUGGAAGCUUCUUGAAAAUGAUGAACAAGGAUAUCAAGGUAGUUGGCGUUGAACCAUCAGAGAGAAGUGUGAUUUCUGGAGACAGUCCUGGUUACUUACCAGGGAUCUUGGAUGUUAAGCUACUUGAGGAAGUGGUCAAGGUUAGUAACGAGGAAGCGAUUGAGAUGGCGAGGAGGCUAGCUUUGGAGGAAGGAUUGUUGGUAGGGAUAUCGUCUGGAGCAGCUGCAGUAGCAGCAAUCAGCUUGGCUAAAAGAGCUGAGAAUGCCGGUAAACUAAUCACGGUUCUGUUUCCGAGCCAUGGCGAGCGGUAUAUCACAACGGCUCUAUUUAGUUCCAUACACAAAGAGGUUCAAGAGAUGAGAUAUUAG